UAUUUAUUGAAAUCUGAACCUCUAGGCCUAUUAAUAAAUUCCUGAUUUUUAAUUAGUAGAUUUAACUAUAUUUCAGCUGCGAAAGAAUAACAUUUUUUGUGAGUAGCCUAAAUAGUAGCCUAUUUAGUCGAUGAUUGCGCAUCGUUUUAAAAUAAAGAAUAUUUCUUUUUGGAACGUUUCUUUUAGAUUUUUACUACAUUAGCCUCUAAUCUACUCCCAUUCAAAUAGACCAAACGGGAUUUAGAAAUUAAUUUAGAAAUCUUUUUACGGCGGCAAAUUCGUUUUACAUCAAUCUCAUGAAAGCCUUUCAGAAACAUCCCUCUGGAUUCUCCCAAAUAACUUUCCUAAUCCUAAUUUGCACACGAGAAGAUACGCGGACGUCAAAGAUGCAGAACCUAAAGGUCAUGAAGGGUCAGCUAAGGACUAAACUGUGAGAAAAGGUAAAACAACACUCUAAAAAAUGGCAUAGCCUAAUUCCUGCUGUUUAUUUGAAUCUAAUUAAACUCAUCGCGCGCAUGGAUUAAGCUUAGCUGCUUUGAAAUAAUAAAUUUAACGGAAUCAGCGAAAUUUAUUUAUUCCAAUAAAUGUUUAAACUAUUUUUACUGAAUCCAAUUUAUUAGCCUUUCUUUGUCGUAUUUAAACGUGGCUAUAGCGGAUCCUGGCUAAAUUGGUAGAUUAAAUCUAUGCUUAUAAUAGUAUAACUUAACUCGUCAAAACGCUACAAAGAACAUGUCUUUUGAUCCAGCAGAUAAUAUCAGUAAUCCCUGAGUUUGAUCAGCCACUACUGUAGCCUAUCAAACCCUUUAAUGCAGCUCUUGAAAUUGAGUUUUAAGGCACAACCUUAGAGAUGCCAUCCUAAUUUCAUAUUAAUUCACUCCAACUGUUAGCACGCAGGGAGCUCUUUCCAGCUAUUUGUCCUGGAGGAGCCCAGGGUGCCCUUUUGAUCAUUUCAAUCUCUCUCUGGUACAAUAGUUCUGAUUGGCUGAACGAGUAAGAAAAGGGAAAAUCUUUAAUUAAGCAGAUAAUCUCUUGUUGGGAUGAGAGGAGCUCCAUUUCAGAACCCCCUUGGCUCACACAUGAGACCCCCAGCCUCUGAAUCCUGGAUGUAGGUUAUAUAGAGCUCUUGCAGACCCCUCUGCUUUACAAGGUGAAGAGAAGUCUGCCAGUCGCCUUUCUCAGGAUGUUCAUGCAUUUGGAGGUUUAUUAUUACGCUUUCAUCCUGAUGGCUCACAUGAAGUCUUGCUGCAGUUGGUCAGUGAAUAAUUUCCUGAUGACUGGCCCAAAGGCCUACUUGAUCUACUCCAGCAGUGUGGCCGCAGGAGCUCAGAGUGGGAUUGAAGAGUGCAAAUAUCAGUUUGCGUGGGACCGCUGGAACUGCCCAGAGAGGACUCUUCAGCUCUCCACCCACAGUGGACUCAGAAGCGCAAACAGAGAGACAGCGUUUUUCCAUGCCAUCAGCUCUGCUGGAGUCAUGUAUACCCUCACCAGGAACUGUAGCCUCGGUGACUUUGACAACUGCGGAUGUGAUGACACAAGGAACGGCCAAAGAGGUGGUCAGGGAUGGCUAUGGGGAGGCUGCAGCGAUAAUGUUGGAUUCGGAGAGGCCAUCUCCAAGCAGUUUGUGGAUGCUCUGGAAACUGGACAGGACGCACGAGCCGCCAUGAACCUGCACAACAACGAAGUAGGACGCAAGGCAGUGAAAGGAACCAUGCAGAGGACGUGCAAGUGCCAUGGAGUGUCUGGCAGCUGCACCACUCAGACCUGCUGGCUGCAGUUGCCAGAGUUUCGAGAGGUGGGUAACUACCUAAAGGAGAAAUAUCACAGGGCCGUGAAAGUGGACCUGUUGCGUGGCGCGGGCAACAGUGCAGCCAGCCGCGGCGCGAUUGCGGAGACCUUCAGCUCAAUCUCGCGCAAAGAGCUGGUGCACUUGGAGGAUUCCCCUGACUACUGCUUGGAGAACCGCACUCUGGGCUUGCCAGGAACAGAGGGCCGCGAGUGCUUGAGAAAGGGCAAGAAUCUGAGCAAAUGGGAGAAGCGUAGCUGCAAGCGGCUGUGUGGAGAGUGCGGUCUGGCUGUGGAGGAACGCAGGGCCGAAACCGUGUCUAGCUGCAACUGCAAAUUCCACUGGUGUUGCGCUGUAAAAUGCGACCAGUGCCGCAAAAUUGUCACAAAGUACUACUGUGUGAAGCGAACCAAACGGGUCAAGAACGAUAGUGCCAGCCGUAGGAAAAGCUAUCGGUUGAAGAAGAAGCACUAGAGAUGCCAUGAAGUGUUUGUUACUGUGGUCCAGAAGUUAAGCAGAUGUUUUUACAUCCUGAGCUUGAGAAUGAACUGAAACAUCCAUCUGAAUGCUUUAGUGAACACCUACACUCUUAAAAAUAAAAGUUCUUCAUUGACAUAUAUGGUUCCAUGAAGAAACAUUAACAUCUAUUUUUUAAAUGUUCUUCAUACUAAGAAAAACUAUGGGUCUUUUAAGAAUUGAUCACUGAAAUGUUCUUUGGGGAAGCAAAAUGGUUCUACUAUGGCCUUGCUGCAAAAACAAAACAAAGCAAAAAAAAAAAAAAACCUUUUGGAACCAUUAUUUUUAAGAGUGUAGAUCUCCAUCAGGAGACUUUAAAUGCAUAUUUGACCUGUAUUAUUUCACAAUUACUCUCAUAUAUAUUUGUAAGAUAGCACUGAACACCACAUCUAACCAAUAUAUAGCACAAAAGGCUGUAAAUAACUUUUUCAUUCACCAACAGGGAUGUACUUCGAUGGAUAAUGUAUUUGGAAUUUGGAAUUCAUUUUAAAGGGGUUUUGAAUUCACGAUCUGGCCACUUCUCCAGCUGCCGUGAGAAUCAGUUCUUGCCUAAUUGUUUCUUGUCUGCUUCUAUCAAUUAUAGAAUUCUGACAAUAGUUUCACCCUGAUACUGUAUAUGAACUGUAAAUAAGAGGAAGCACUUUGUAUAUUGUUUAUUUAUUGCACAGAUACUAUAGUGCUGUUUUUCUAUGAUAGUUUCUUUCUCUGUUUUUUUUUAUUACAUAAUUAAAGAUACAUAAUAAUAUCUUCUUUUAAAGUUUUCAUCCAUUUAGAUUAGCUGAAUGCAUUUUAGCAUGAAUUAACUGAGCCACGUGUUGUUUUGUGACAUUAAGCAUAAUCUGCUAAUUUCCUGUGCUCGGAAAAAUAAAUGUGCUUCACAAUAAUUACAUUUUAAGUAUAAAAAAAAAUGAAAGUCCAUAUCAUAAAUCCCACUUAUUGUAAAAUCUAAUUAUUUAGUGUAGACUGCCGGUAAGACCUAAUGAUUUCUUUUUCGUUGGUAUAUAUAUAGCUCUUUUCUUUCUGUAUUUUUUCAGCUUGAUGUCUCAUAACCCUGGGGCAGAGAGACAACAAGAGAGCAUUUAAUUAUAGUCUUCCUUCCUUCACGCCUCUCUCAAUUUCUUCUUCACACAUGCCUCCUUUUCUGUUUUAGUAAUCCUCAAAGCACUCCCAGUGCUUUGCGCUUGGAUGUUUCUUUACUGUUUAAGACUAGUUUAAUUAACUUUGUUGAGACAGAGGAAAAACAUGAACCAAGUCGCCCCACAAAUCAUCUACCAUCUAAUUUUGUAUGCUAAUCUCCUUUUUCAUGCCGCCAUCUCGGGAGGAAAAAAAAAUAUUGUUGGGAAAACUUCAUGUAGCCUGUGUUGGGCUUCCUGUGGAUGUUUUAUUCCAGGCCCACCUAUUUGGCUCUUUUCAGUCUUCUAGGGCCUUCCUUUGCUCGAUUUAACAAUGAAUGCGAGCUAAUCAGCUCCCUCGGAAAUGCACUGCUGCUGAAG